AUUCUGCAACAAUCGCCAUGAGGCUGUAAUGCCCCAAGUGGCAUCAAAAUGCAUCAGGUGACCAGAUGCACUGCAAUAAUACAAGUGACGGUGGUAUUUUUACCUGUCCGGUAACAGUUGAUGUCUGAUAGGUUGUAUGCUGUCGAACUUUGUUAAACUGCAGUUAUCUUUCUGGAUCUUUAGACUGAAUGAAAAUUCUAUGCUUAGAUUUCCUGUGGGUAAGUCUGUACUCUUUAACUCUUUUCCAUCGGAGCUGUUUGUCGUGUGUGUAGCCGUGCAGGAAUGAUCUACAGUAGUACAGUAGUGUGUGUUUUUUUGUGGCUAGAAAACGCAGAAAUUAACGCUUUUUUUGUGCCAAAAAACGUGAAUUCCUUCGCUGUGGAUUUCGGGACGCAACAAAUAUACAGGAGCACACGGAGAGCAGCCGGGCGGGACUGGAGCAACUCGGUCACCGAGCCCUCGGCGCAGAUCCCGGCCGCCCAGCGCGAGAUCCGACGGCGCCGCGCGCGCACAGCGCGCGCCCCACACCCCCUCUUCCCCCUAUCAUCUUCCUCUCGCCUCGUCGUCUCCACGGCCUCCUGGUUCCCACCUGAACCUCCCAGAACCUCCGUCUCCGCGCCGCGACGCCGCACGCCUCCUUCCUCAUCCAAGGCCCCGCGCAAACCGAUUUAUACCCUUCCACCCGCCGCACACCGUCAUCUGUUCACUCCUCUGCCCAAUCCAGAGUUCCAUCCAGUCUUCCAGACUCCGAAUUUGAUCCUCUCUCCGAGCCCUCUGGUAAACCGCCGGGGGAGUGUGUUGCCGCCGCCGCAGGGCCCCGCCAUGGCCGCCGCGCCGCCGAUGUCAGCCGACGUCCUCAGCUUCCUCCCGUCCGCCGCCGCGCCGACGCCGGUCGUCGCCGCGGCGUGGGGCGCGGCGAGGGCGGGGUCUGUGAGGGGCAAGGCGGCGCUCAGGAUGGUGAGAGGAGGAGCUGGCCUGGCUCCGGUGGUUGGGAGGAGGAGGCCCCACCGGCGGCCUCUCUCCGUGCGGUGCGACGCCACCAGCCGGGACGGCAGGAUUACACAACAAGAGUUCACCGAGAUGGCAUGGCAAUCAAUUGUCUCAUCACCUGAGGUGGCCAAGGAGAGUAAACACCAGAUUGUGGAGACUGAACAUCUGAUGAAGUCCUUGCUGGAGCAAAGGAAUGGGCUUGCCCGGAGGAUCUUUUCCAAGGCGGGAGUCGACAACACAAGGCUUCUUGAUGCUACAGAGAAGUUCAUCCAGAGACAGCCUAAGGUAUUAGGUGAAGAUCCUGGUUCCAUGUUGGGGCGGGACUUGGAAGCUCUGAUACAAAGAGCAAGGGACUUCAAGAAAGAGUAUGGUGAUUCAUAUGUCUCAGUUGAACAUCUAGUCCUUGGCUUUGCCGAAGAUAAGCGGUUUGGGAAACAACUAUUCAAGGAUUUUCAGAUUACCGUGAAGACCUUGAAAUCGGCCAUUGAAUCAAUCAGAGGGAAGCAAAAUGUAAUUGAUCAAGAUCCUGAGGGCAAGUACGAAGCUUUGGAGAAGUAUGGAAAGGACCUGACAGCUAUGGCACGCCAAGGGAAGCUUGAUCCAGUUAUUGGAAGGGAUGAUGAAAUUCGAAGAUGCAUACAGAUUUUAUCGCGGAGAACUAAGAACAACCCGGUUUUGAUUGGUGAACCUGGUGUAGGAAAAACAGCUAUAGCUGAAGGGCUUGCUCAGAGGAUUGUACAAGGAGAUGUCCCUCAAGCUCUGACAAACCGUCGACUCAUUGCACUUGAUAUGGGUGCUUUGAUUGCUGGUGCAAAAUAUCGUGGAGAAUUUGAGGAUAGGCUAAAGGCUGUUCUCAAAGAAGUUACAGACUCUGAUGGACAGACCAUUCUUUUUAUUGAUGAGAUUCACACAGUUGUUGGAGCAGGUGCCACAAAUGGUGCAAUGGAUGCUGGUAAUCUUCUCAAACCAAUGCUCGGGAGAGGAGAGUUACGUUGUAUUGGUGCAACAACACUUGAUGAAUACCGCAAAUAUAUUGAGAAAGAUCCAGCACUAGAGCGGCGCUUCCAACAAGUUUAUGUUGAUCAGCCUUCAGUUGAAGAUACAAUCUCAAUUCUACGGGGACUACGUGAGAGAUAUGAACUGCACCAUGGUGUGCGCAUAUCUGACAGUGCCCUUGUGGCUGCGGCUGUUCUUUCAGACCGUUAUAUCAGUGGACGAUUCUUGCCUGACAAAGCAAUUGAUCUGGUUGAUGAAUCAGCUGCUAAGUUGAAAAUGGAGAUAACAUCAAAACCUACUGCUCUGGAUGAGAUCGAUCGUGCUGUCCUGAAGCUUGAGAUGGAGCGUCUCUCACUUACAAAUGAUACAGACAAAGCAUCAAAGGACAGACUAUCCCGUCUUGAAGCAGAACUAUCACUCUUGAAGGAUAAACAACGUAAAUUGACUGAGCAGUGGGAGCAUGAGAAGUCAGUGAUGACUAAAAUUCAAUCUAUCAAAGAAGAGAUUGACAGGGUAAAUGUGGAGAUACAGCAGGCGGAACGUGAGUAUGAUCUCAAUCGUGCUGCUGAACUGAAGUAUGGCAGUUUGAAUGCCUUGCAGCGCCAGCUUCAAACAACAGAGAAUGAACUAGAUGAAUAUCAGAGUUCAGGAAAAUCCAUGCUAAGAGAAGAGGUGACUCAAGAUGAUAUAGCAGAAAUAGUGAGCAGGUGGACAGGUAUUCCAGUCUCUAAACUAAAGCAAUCCGACAGAGAGAAGUUGCUGUAUCUGGAGGAAGAGCUGCACAAGCGUGUUGUUGGUCAGGACCCUGCUGUAAAAGCAGUCGCAGAAGCUAUUCAGAGAUCCAGAGCUGGUCUGUCUGACCCGAAUCGUCCUAUUGCCAGUUUCAUGUUCAUGGGACCUACAGGAGUUGGAAAAACGGAGCUAGCAAAAGCCCUUGCUGCUUUUAUGUUUAACACUGAGGAAGCUGUUGUAAGGAUUGACAUGAGUGAGUACAUGGAGAAGCAUUCAGUCUCAAGAUUGAUUGGUGCUCCCCCGGGUUACGUUGGGUAUGAAGAGGGUGGUCAGCUAACAGAGGCUGUUCGCCGGAGGCCAUAUUCUGUUGUCUUGUUUGACGAGAUUGAGAAGGCUCAUUCAGAUGUCUUCAAUGUUUUCCUUCAAAUAUUGGAUGAUGGUAGGGUUACUGACUCCCAAGGCCGGAAAGUGAGCUUCACCAACACUAUCAUUAUCAUGACAUCCAACGUUGGGUCACAGUACAUACUAAACAUGGAUGAUGAAGGUGGAUCAUCUGAUUCAGGCUACGAGAACAUGAAGAAGAGGGUUAUGGAUGCUGCAAGAUCAGUAUUCCGCCCUGAGUUCAUGAAUCGUGUAGAUGAGUACAUUGUUUUCAAGCCUCUGGAGAGAGAACAAAUCAAUAGUAUCGUCAAAUUACAGCUGGCAAGAGUACAAAAGAGGAUUGCUGACCGGAAGAUCAAACUUGAAGUCUCACCUGGAGCAAUUGAAUUCCUAGGAAGCCUUGGGUAUGACCCGAACUACGGCGCAAGGCCAGUGAAGCGGGUUAUUCAACAGUAUGUGGAGAACGAACUCGCAAAGGGCAUCCUCAGAGGUGAUUUCAAGGACGAGGACAGCAUCUUGGUAGACACCCAGGUCACAGUGCCAUCGAAUGGCCAGCUUCCACAGCAAAAGCUUGUUUUCCGGAAGGUGGGUGAGGAAUCAAAAUCUGCUGUCGAAGGCGAGAAAUUCUUGCCGGCCGUCUGAUGGAGUACCAUUGCAGACUUGCAGUUUACAGAUUAUGAGCAAUAAAAUGUACAUAUAAGGGUGACAAUGAUGGUUUGUUCCUUCUGGGAAUGGAAGAGUAAGAAUUCCUAUUUGUGCUACUGCACACUAAGCGAAAGUUUAUGCUGAUUAGUGAUUUU